CUCCUGUGAUUCCACGGGUGUAGUACUGUUUAACAAAAACAAAGCAGCUCAGUCAGUACGGAAGGAAAUGUUCCUCAUGCUAGAUGCUUUUAAACUGGACAAGUUAAACCGGCGCCAGAACGGUACAGAUACAAUAAUAUCAUUGGUUGCAGACUUUUAACGUUUGUACCGAACUCUAUGUUUUUCUGCAACCAGCAUCGGGACACUCCGCUGGCAGUUAAGAGGUGUCAAAAACGAACUCUUAUUUGUAUGCAGCCUGCAGGAAGGAUACUGUACACUGCAGCGAGGUAGAAUGUAACUACCAACAACCGCUAAUAACCAGCAGCUUUCCGAUUUAUUAAAAUGGAAACAUUUGUAUCCUCGUGAGCGUAGUUUUGCAGUUUGGCGCAGUCUGUCUGGAUAUCGCGGGUGCUAACAAAAUGGAGGGUAAUAAGUACUUGUUAAGUUGGCUGGUGUAACGUUAUAUGGAGCCGUGCUUUUAGACUGCGUGUUGGGGAUAUUAUUGUUGGACGGGGAGAAAGAGUAACAUAAAUAUGUCAGGAAUACAGCAAACACAUUCAGUUAAGACGGCUUUUACCGGAAGUGGAACGUUGUUACCAAACUAUAACGUGGGUGAUUGACUGCACAACAACAACAGAAUGUGUUGUGACACGCCUUUACCGACAGCCACUUAUAAAAUAGAGUAUUAAAAGAGGAGCAGGUAGCACAAAAUGACAGACUCCGGGGAUAGAGCAGAUGUUCCCGGCUCCUCCGGCCUCAGCAGCGGGACCGGGCUAGGCUUCAGCGUGGGCAGAGGACUCCCAGGCCGGGUCAGGACUCUGUCCUCUCCCACCCCACCUGGAAGACUGACGUCUCUCAGAACCAGGGACCUGACACUGGGGGGAGUGCUAAAAAAACCAAAGAAAACCUUUGAGCCAAAUGUGCAUGCCGUGAGGAAAAGCAGAGAUGAGUUAAAGGAGGAGAUCCAUGUGGCUCCAAAAAAGGAGAGAAGAGAGAGGGACGAGAGGAGAAGAGAGAACAGAGGGAGGAGGAGAGAGAGGCCUCAGACCAUUCAGUCUCACUCCAUCUUUGAACAGGGUCCCGCCGACACCGUACGCAAAACAGGCUGGCGCAGUGCCACAGACCUGCACGACUCCGCCACCUCUCCUGUGUGUAAACUGGUGAAGAAAGAGAGGAAAGACUCAGAGGAGGAUGAAGAUGAGAUUCUCAGUAAACUACAGAGGGAUGAUUUCAUAGAUGAUCCAGGCCUGAGGAAUGAUGCCAAGCUGAAACCCAUCCAGCUACCCCUGUGUCAGUCCAGUAGCUUCAGUAAGAGUCAAACACGGAUGACCACCACAGCAUCUCCAGAGACCCCUCCUCUGUUCAGACCUCCAUCCUGCAGAGCUCAGAGCAGAGCAGGCCACGGCAGAACAGAGCUGCCCAAACCAGAGCAGCCAUCUAUGGUGGAGCUGCUGCAGGAUCUCAGCCUGUCUGGCAGAGAGGAGCUCUUUUUCAUGCAGUUACCUGACAGCAUGCCGGGCACAGUGUCUAGACAGAAGGCUGACACCCCUCUAGGAUCUACAGCAGAGAAACCUGCCAAGAAGGAAGGCAAGCCUGAAGACAAGAGGCCUUCACAUCUAGAAGCACAACAGGCUGUGGUGAAGGAGGGCUGUCCUGUGCUGUCACAGCUCCCAGAAGGAUUUUUGGGUAAACUGCAGAUCAGAAAGUCAGGAAAGGUGGAGCUGAAGCUGGGUAACAUCGCCAUGGACGUCUCUGAGGGAGCUGCAUUCUCCUUCCUGCAGCAACUGGUGUCUGUGCAUCUGUCUGAUGGUCGAACUGGAGACAUGAUGGUGUUGGGAAACGUCCAUCACAAACUGGUCUUAUCUCCUGACUUCCAGGCUUUACUGAGAGAGGCUUCAACACAGCAGCAACAGGAACCCUGAUUAUCUGUCAUAUAUUACACAGACACCCAACAGAGCUGAGACCACACAGCACAGAUUCUAUGACACAUGAAAAGAUAAGUUUGAAUUGUGUGGGAUUCCUGACCUGUUACCACACCAACAGAUCACUGUGGAGGAAAGGUCUAUUGUCCAUACCUCUGCUUUGAGGUUUUUAAGGCAGCUAUGUACCGUAGAGUUAUCCCGUUUGUGCUAUGAUUUUGUUUUUGUUUUGUUUUUUUUUAACAUCCUGUGAUAGCAAAACAAUCUGCCAGAAUCUGAAUGAUUGUUUUUCUCUGAUGUGAAGACACUGCCAGGGGGACAUGUUUUUCAAAAAGAUACAGAUAAUCAUGAGAUAAAUACAUGGUAUCAGAUUCAACCUACUGACCCAUGAGGACUGUUGUGGAUGUUACCUGAGCGCAGGCCAUUCGUUUACACUCAAUCAGUUCUAUAAACACCAGCAGAGCAGGCAACAUGAUUGCCAGCUUGAGACUGACUGAAGACCAGCAAACGUUGUUCCCAGCUACAGGCUGAGUUAGUCAAUGCCCAAAGGAAGAUCACCGAGGAUGCCCAUCAUCAGAGGCUAUCUUUAAACAGAGACAGAUGAUGUUAUCAUUUGGCUGAAGUUCCUGACUUUGGUCCAUCAGAACCACUGAGUGAAUGUCACUUCAAUUCAGGGCUUUACAGCAUACAACAUCCCUCUGUCCUUAGGACCCUCGCAGUGGAUAAGGAAAAACUCCCCCCAAAAAACCUUUAUAAUUACCUUACAGGUGCUUUGAUAAAGUGAUCUUUCAUGUGUGCACUGAGCUCCUUUAUUAACUCCUAUAGAUCUGUCUCUGAAAAAUGGGAAAAUGGUGCAAAGCAAAUUCCUCAACUGCUCAACCAGUUACUGCAUUGAUGCACAGUCACUGCACUGAUGUACAGUUACUGCAGUUAUGUACAGUCACUGCACUGAUGUACAGCUGCAAUUUGUAACUUAUGUUGUAUUAAGCAAAAUCAUAUAUAAUAGUUUUUCCAGUUUUAUUAUUGGAUGUUUGUGUUGUGUUUUUGAACCAGCAUGUUUGUUUGUUUGUUUUUGUUAGAUUUUUUGUAUUUUUGUUUUUUGCUACCUCAGUAUCAUUUACUGUUUCACUUCUCCUCAUCAGACCCCUCGUCAGCUUCAUAGAGCAACUUAACAGCAGCUGUAAAUCCAGGUGUUGCUCACCUCCAGUGAAGUUGGUGAAGUAAAACUGUUAUGUAUGUAAGGCUUUAUUUUAAAGCUCAAGUGUAGGAUUUAGGGGUAUGAAUAUCGUCAGAAAUGGAAUAUAAUAUUCAUAACUAUGUUGUCAUUAGUUUAUAAUCACAUGGAAGAAAGUAAAGUUGUGUUUUCUGUACCUUAGAAUGAGCCAUUUAUAUCUUCAUAUGAAGCAGGUCCUCUGGCUCAGAGUCCAUCAAUGUGGUUUCUGCAGUAGCCCAGAAAGGACAAACCAAACACUGGCUCUUGAUUGGGCCACCGUAGUUCUUCUACACACUUUGCACACAGGAGAAGUGUCAGUUCUGCAAUUGCUAGAUUGCUAGAUGCUACUUAAUCCUACAAACUCUCAAAAACCCUUCAUUACAGUUUCUGGAAGUCCUUUCAGAUGAUCUUUUUUAAAAAAUAUUAAGUCAAGCUGUCAGAACAAUAACAGUACCUAAAUCUCAGCAUCUUGAAUGACCUCUUAAUAAAAUCAAAUGCAAAAGACUG